AUGUUCCAGAAAGGGAGAUCCAGUGAGGGUCCCCUUGUCAAGAAACUUCGGGCCACUUCAAAGAAAACGCCCUCCUCGGCCGUGACUGCUUCCAAAUCUCCGACUAAGGGGAAAGGCUCGGGCUCAGGAGCUCCGCCCGCCGCACCACCAGAGAAGAGGGGUCCGGCUAUACCUCCUCCUCGCUUUCCCCUGGCUCUUGCUCAGGACCAGGUAGCACCGGUUGGUCCCCCAGCUCCAGUAGUCCCUACCGCCACUGUUCGCAUCCUCAUCAACGCCCAGGAUCUGGAGCAAAUUCCAGACACUUUCCGAGGGACCGUCUACGAGAUGGAAAACUUGGAGCAUUUCUAUAAGGCUGAGCCAAACAACCUGAGGGCGAUCGAGGAGAGGAUCCCAGAGAAUGUAGUCUUGGCUCAACAUCGCAGCAUAUCUCGGGCCAGGACAAGGAAUGAUGAACUCAAGGCCGAGCUCCAGACUGCUCAGGCCGCCUUUAUUGUGGCCCAAGCUGCUCUCGUCGCCUCUCAACAGAGCGAACAAAGCGCCAAGGCUGUUUUGGCGGCGGCCCAAGCGGAUGAACAGGCGGCAAAGGCUGCCUUAACCACAGCUCAAGAAGCUGAGCAGGCGGCAAAGGCUACCUCGGAAGCCCUUCAGACCGAGCUCGAGGGGGCCAAGGCCAAACAGUUGGAGGUUGAGGUGGUUAUUCCGGAGGAGAAGAAGGCAUCGACAUCCUCCAUGGAGAGCAAGAUGGACUCCGACCUUGACAGCAUCAUUGACGGCGCCGGCGCCAAGAGGAGCAAGCGCCCCAGAGCGGGGGCACAGAAGGUUGACCAGCUGGGCAUAGGCCCCAAGAGGUCCAAGAAAACACCUCCCCUUGUUCUGCCGGUUUCGAGCUCCGUUACUGCCCAAGCCAACGCUUCCACGAUGGCGCCGUCAUCACAGGUCGUCGCCUCGACAGUGGCACCUACCUCGCUGGUCGACCCCUCCGCUAUGGCUAAGGCCCAACCUCCUGUGGUGGGUCAAUCAUCCUCUACUCCGCUUUCCAAAAGCCCUUCUGUUUCCCGAGUCCAGAAGCUGUCAAUCUCCACCCAUAUGGAUGCAUAUGCGGUGGACAAUGCUGCUGGGCUCUUGCCUUCACUACUCAGCUCAAUUACCAGUUAA